AAAAGAACUUGACCAAUAUCCAGCCAUCUUGACCUCACGCUUGGUCAACAACCCAUAUGUACAUUUCUUAGCCACUGGUCCUUUGCAAAAAGCAAUGUGAAAUGACUAAGUUCUGCGUAUUUUGGGGAACGUGAAUAUAAUGACAGUGGCUGAUUUUUCUUAUAAUCCGUCAAAUAUUGAAUGCCUUCAAUCUUUCAUCUUUCGUUAAAAGGAAUUAUAACCUUCACAUCAGUUGGAACACAUGAAGAAAAUGGGCACAGUACUGUAUAUAUUGCCAUUCUGAGUUUGAAACUGUGAACAGUCCUUGUCAACCAGAGAAGCUGCAAACACCAACUGAAACCCUUCAACCCUUAAAUACUGUCCGCACCAGUGACUUCUACUGCUAGCAGUAAUCGAAGCUGUGGCUUGUUGCAUUUCCCUCAUGGGACGGUGGUCACAGUUAAGAUAUCUUCUGGUUUCCUGCAUGUUAGGUCUUCUGUUUUUAGUGGCAUUUCAUGGUGAAGUGAAUUACCUCUGGAAAAGACUACCACAUCACAGUACUGAUCAACACCAAUUAACAGUUGAGACAACCAGACGGAUAUUAAAGCUUAUCUCAGCUGGCAAGUGUGUUCCUAUUAGACAGGUUCUCUUUCUCAAGACACACAAAACAGGAUCAUCCACUGUGGCUAACAUCUUCUUCCGUUACGGCGACUCUAACGAUCUUUCUUUUGUUCUCGGCAUUGACUCAAUGAUUGGCUGGCCUCAUCGAUUUCGCCUCAUACAUGCCUUGCCGCGCAAUGGAAUUCAACCAAAUUUUCUGUGCAGUCAUACAAGAUACAAUGAAGAAACCAUGCAUCAUCUCUUCCCAAAGGAUACCAGCAUGUACAUUACGAUCCUCAGAGACCCGGUAGACCAGUUUGAAUCAGUUUUUAACUACGUGGAAUUCGGUGAAGUUUUUGGUUUUGGUAAGGACCCAACAAAAUCUAUAAAGUCAUUUCUCAGGAAUGGAAUAGAAUUUAAAAAUAUUACUGCAAGUCGAUCAUCAGUUUUAGCCAGAAAUCCCAUGAUGCUUGACUUUGGUUUAGAUUACCAGUUCUACCAGAACUUGACAGCAGUCAAAGAGUACAUUGCCUUUUUGGAAAAAGAAUUUGAUUUGGUGAUGAUCAUGGAAUACUUUGAAGAGUCUAUGGUGCUAAUGAAACGCUUGCUUUGCUGGGAAUUUGAAGAUUUUUUCCACAUUAAAUCCAAUGCGAGAGUGGAUAAAGAAAGAGCUGAAAUGAGUGACAACUUAAAAGAGAACAUCAAACGAUGGAACAAAGCUGAUAUGUUAUUGUACAAGCACUUUAACAGGACAUUUUGGCGCCAAAUAAACCUGGAGGGGGAAGGGUUUUAUGGUGACCUGAAAACUUUUCAUCGGAUGAAUGAAGAAAUGAAUGAAAGGUGCUUUAACGGAACUUUGACCCUUCAAUUAGUUUAUCCUGGCAAAUAUGUGAAGUCACCUGUUUUAAAUCCAAACUUGCCAGCAGAAAUAAAGGACAAAUGUGAAAAGAUGACUAGAAAAGAAAAUGCAUAUCUUGAACACUUGAGAAAUAAACAAUUCUCAAAAUCGGCAGGUUACAUCAAGACAUUGCUAGACAAAGAGAAAGAACCUGACAAUACAAUUAGCUGGGAUGUAGCGAAAGACCUCGCUUACGAUCCUUUGCCGCUAUAAAAAUAUAUUGUAAAAGUAGAACUGAAGGUUGG